AGAAUUGAUUUGUAAAUUCUGAAAUCAUUCACACUUCAAACUCAUACUAGACAAGGUUCAAAAAGUAUCUGCCUGCAUAAACCGUAAAAACAUUCAAUCUUAUUUGCAAAAUGGGAUACAAAGCCGUUUCAUUCUUUUUGUUGGGCGCUAUCAUUGCCUUGAACUUCUCCGCCUGCCUGGCCUCCGACUUUUCUGUCGCAACCCCGGACGACAAUUCUGUUGGGAUCGAACGAGUUAGGGGCACUCCGGAUGAGGACGGAACAAUUGUUUCGUUACAGAAGAAUCAAAUUGCCCCGAAAUGUACCUACUGUGGGGGAUAUAGCCACGCGGGAUGCAGCAACUUUUGCUUCUGGGAGGGGUACAGAUGCUACAGUUGUAUAUCUCAUCCCUGUUACUGUGUCUGCACGCAGGCUGGAUGCUAGUCUUAUUUUCAUAUCAUAAGUACUACAUAUACUAAAUAUUACACUAUUAUUACACCUGCACUAAAUAUUACAAAAAUAUGAAAAACCGUUCCAAUGUUUUCGUUCCGGCAUAGUAUUAACUAAAUCUUUACCUAAACGUAUAAAAUUUAUAGCGAUUUUGAUCACGUAAUAACAAACGAAUUAUUUAACUACAGUAA